UGGGAAGAUGUGUUUUCCUCGUAUUGACACGGCGAUAUAGCCAUCAACAUUGCACAUCUAUAGUGGAAGCUCGGCGCGAAAGCGUUGUCAUGGGGCAGGCAGUCCCAGGGACGGACGAUACGGUAUAGGGAGGUAAGGUACCCGACAGGACCCAGUGGCAGAGCUCCAUCCGAUUUGCAGUUCAUUCAUCGCGGGUGGAGCCUGCAAGGGGCAUUGGGCCCUAGUCCGCGGUACGGUAACGGUAUGGGAAGGCGCAUCCAUGGUUUCUGUGACAGUUUAUUAUUCUGGACAGUGGCCUGUCUGUUUACUGUUAUGAUCCAGGCACCAGAGCAAGUGGAUCCAGUCGCUCCAGCAAAUAACCUUGUUGCUGUCGGAGGGGAAAUGGUAAUGCGGUCACCCCCGGUGACAAUGAUGGGAUCAGCUCGAGUCGGUCUUCAUCAGUCCAUUCAUGCAGAUUUCAUUCAUUGUCCGUAUAUGCGGAGUAGAUGGAUAGUAUCGGCUGCAAUGGGAAAAAGAAAGCAAUGCGGCACUGAAAAUUCGGACUGCAGGAGGGACACAUUGAGAUGGAUUAGAAAAGCCGGCCAGCGAAUCUCGUGUCGAUCCGCUUUUCUCCAGGACCACCGGCGUGGCCAAUGGGCCCCAAUAAUGCGCUUCCACUCACUGGACUGGUCCGUAAUAAUCACCCAGAACAAUUGUUCAUGGAAAGCCCAGGACGGACGGAGUUGUAGUAAAAUAGGGACCGGGAAAAAAAAAAAAAAAAAAAGAGUGACGAUCGAAUGGAAUCCAGAUCCCUUCUCUUUUCUAUCGUUCCAAUCCUUCCACAUUGAUCAUUUCUUUUUCCUCUUCACCUCUCAUUUCUAUUCUUUUCUUUUCUUCACUCGGAUUACUUCUCGUGUCGCCGACACUGUCUCUCCUUUUCCUCCUCCCCCCCCCGUCAAUUCAAUUGCGCUUUCGACCGUCGACUUGAACUAUCGACGCGAUCCAUUGCUUGGGGGCCUCCACUCGAUAUCCGGCCGGCCUCAGCAUCGCUACUCGAACUCCGCUCCCGCUGUCGACGGUGCAGCCACAUUCCUUCCCGGCUCAUGCAGACGCCGAAUCUGUCCAAUCCGACCGAUAUUAGCAUCUGCACUUAGUACAUUCUACUCCUCAGCCAUUAUUAGUAUUAUUAUUAUUAUUAUCCUUCUUUCCUCACGCGCGUUAUCGACUUUAACCCAGCCCACCCUGCAAGCUACGCCCACUAUUGGCAUCCUGUCGUCCCCGUGACUCUGGCGCUCCCAGGGGAUGACUGGUGAUUUGGAAUCGCAUCCAUUGCCCUAGCUUUUCCACCAUCAUCCGUCUCCGACUCAUUCGUUCGUUUCCCCCCUGUUCCAGUCUUUGCCUGGUAGGUCCAUGGUCCAUCCAGCAUCAAUCAAUUGUGCA